AUGACGGACGGAGCGGUUGUGGAACAACGGGUUGUGAGCGUCUUUAAUUCUGACGAUGACCUCACCAACUUCCUUGCUGGCCUCCGAGCCAAGUACGCAAGCUUGUAUCCACAGUUCUCUGAAGCUGAGCACGGCGCAGAGGAUGCCAAUGGUGCGCUACCAAGCUUCGCUCCGGAUGCAGCUGCUCCAAGCGAUAUCUCCACAGGCGCAUUUGCAACUAGCGGACCUCCAGCUUCCACAUUCGAACAACAAAUCUCACAGCUUCGCUCCAGUCUCCAGUCCCUACAGCACAUUUUGCCGCCACGAACCAGCACGACGGCCAACCUUUUGGACAGCUUCAUCGCAGUCUCAGGCGACCGCACAUUUUCCAGCGAGUCAAAUGCAGCAGCCGCGUCAGUCAUGCUUAGGAAACUUCCUGACCAAGAUGGAGCAAACAGAGACAGCCGCGUCACUGCUGCGGCAGCAAGUGCAGGGACCAGUUCGCCGUCGCAAGCUGCAGCUCCGGCAAGCCAUGUCAGCAUUCACGGCAAUCCCUUGGAUUGCGGUCCCGCACCUCCGCUGCCGUUAGCACGUGGUUCAACAUUCAGCACUGAGCUUGUAGACAGGACGGCAGUUGCGGUGGAAACUCAAACCCAGUCGAGCACAGUGGUUUUCACACAGUCAGCCGCACCUAGUGAAAAUGACGCGCCUGCUGCUUCCCAGGACCCAGGACGGAACAUCGUGUCGGCACACAUCGUGCCGUCAGGCGAAAACGAUCACGCCCCAUCAGACGCAGCCUUUGUGGAGUUAGCUGCGGGAUACACGCGCCGCACUUUACAACCUCCAUCAAGUGAAGCGUCCGCAUCCUCGUUUGACGGCCAUGUGCGGCCCGGGUUCCCGCCGGCUGCAUUGAGCGCACAUGAUCGGCAGGGCGCCGGACGUGCAGGCGGUGAGCUCACUUUCGGAGGGGCUCUACCGCCGGCGCACGAAGCCAUACAGGCGUGGAACGCAAACCAACCUGGCGGAGCUUGGGAGUGCGCAGCACAGGUGGCAGCUCGCGAAACUGGGCUUGAGGCGCCUGCGUUGGGACCGCCAGUCGCUGCCCAGCUUACACUGUGCCCACCCCACGAACAACAACAGCAUGGAACAGUUCUUGGUGGCGCCGGCGGCGCAACACACCUCUUUGGGCUGCAGCCGCCGGAGCAGCAGCAGCUAGGCUUGGAUGUUUCCGGGUUUGCCAACGAGGACCGCCAUUCGGGAAGUCCGGCCGCCGUAACAUGGUGCCCGCAUCGGGGCCACAGCCCCAGCUCCGGCCGCCGCCGCGCCUGGCAGCUGGUUGGCCUGGGGGCCGCUAUAGCCGGAAGCUGCAGCCCCCGACAAGACCCACAUGUCCGGGCCCAUCAAUUCUCUGACUGCGCAGAUACUGCUGCUCCCAAUGCUGCCGGUGUACCUGGGGCGGCAGUGACGGAUAACGGUGUAAUAAACGAUGUGUGUGAGGUGAGAGCACCGACCUAUGUGUUGGCAGCUGUCGGCGCUGGCUUUGGCGCGGCUGAAGACGCAAGCGACCGGCCGGCGGGGUCGCCUCACAGUGACUUUGACCGCGCCGGUGUGGCUACAUCAGAUGCCGCAGAUCCAGGUCCCUUGGCAACCCAUGAAAGCAGUGCGGGUUGGGAUAGCGUAGAUGACGGUACACCCGCCGAUGGGGAGGCAGUGCCAGUCGUCGAUGUGGAGCAGGAAUGCCGGCAGCCCUCCGUCUGUUGUGACGGCUUGCAGGCAUCGCACGCCCCGCUUUCGCGACGUGGAGGCUCGAGUUCAACAGCUGCUACAGGCGAUGGAUUUUGGGGCAUCGGAGGCAGGUACGACGGCGAUAGGGCUGUAACACAGCAAAGUCCCGGCAGUGUAGAGGAUGUUGGUGAUUUCGAGUGUUGCCAACGUCGUGGUGGGACAAGAAGGGAUGACGCGAACUCACGCGAACCGCAGCAUUUCGCAUUGAGAGACCAGCACGCUUCCGGCGAUCUCAGCGCACCUCUGCUACAAGGCCAGCAGGGCUCGCCGCGUUUGCAACAGCAGCAGCAGCAAUGUUAUGGGAAUAUUGGCCACCUGCUGAACAACCCGUCAGCCAGCGGUCCAGAGCUCCUGCAAUCAGUUCAAAAUGCAUCCACCGGCCAAGAGCCACGUGAGCAGCCCCAGGAAGGUUCGGGCUUGCUGGAAGAGGCGGCUGGGAACGAAUUCGGUUUUGGAGAAGCAACGGCCCAGUUCCAGGCCGCCGUUGGUGGCGUUCAGCGCCCGCGGCGCCGGUGGGGCAGCCCAGCACCGCAAUUGCAUCAUCAACAACAACAGCAAUCGCUGACAUGUUCACUACCUGAGUUCAUCAGUUUGACGGCCGCUGCGAAGGUGUCAAGCACAGGGCAUAGAAACGGCGCAUCAUGGUUGUCGAACGCUGGCGGAGCGGUGACUGUGGAGUGGCCAACUUCGCCAUCAGGUAGCUUCGACGUUCGCAGCCUUGUUGCGUUCGGCGAUGACGGAAAUGCCGCGAACCUCCUUGAUGACGGGAUCAAGCCAGCACUGAACCUCAUGGUGCGCAUGGGUGCUGAUCCAGGUGGGCCCGUCGGGGAUAGGUCGGUGGAUCCGGAGCCUGCGCCAGCGGCCAGGGAGCUUACAGUGCCAGCCAAGGACGCCGCAGCAUUUGGCGAUGUCAACGGCCUAAGCAGUGCGAGUGAACGUGGCGUGGAAAUUGGCGGCCGUAGUGCGGCGCAUGGAGCCCCGCAGCAGAAGCAGGAGCAUCGUUUCUACAAUCCUGGCCCGCAUCGGCCGCUUCGUUUGCUACCACCACGGCAGCAGUCGCUGCCUGCGGCAACGGCAACGGCAGCGCCAUCCCGUAGUCCUGGUUUAGCUUUCCCCAACCAGAGCGCAGCGUUGGUGGUACCGGCGCCGCAGAUAGAGCAGCCCCUCACCCAGCAGACGAGUGUGGACUUACGGCAGCCAAUGGAUGUUCCAGGGGGACCAGCUACAACAUCACCACCUUCAAACGACGAGGUCCUGUGCGGCUCUCCACCGGAGCAGCCUCCCCCGCCGCUGCAGCAGCAGCCACUGGCUAAUGUUUGGCGUGAGGACCCGGCCAUGGACUGCAGCUCGGUGCCGGAGCCCGAGGACUGCCCGGCGGCGACCAUGCCUGGCCGAUCACCGGCUCGUUCCCCCCUCACAGCGUUAGCGGCCCAGAAAGCUAGUCUAAGCGCUUGCAGCACUGGCAUCACCGCGAGCAGGGGUGGCAUUGCCUUCUCCAUCAGUGCCCAUCCCGCCCCGUCAGAAACCGACGCAGCUCCGCGGCAGCAGCAGUUAUGGGCUUCCGGAGCCCUGAAUCAAGCCGCCACUGAUGCUACUGGAGCCCUGGAGGGAGUCAACACGUUAAUUAGGACCGCGGCACUGCUGGCCCCAGCGCCGCGUACGGCCUCGCCCGGACCCGGUGCCAUCCCAGGGCCAAUGGAGUGGACACGGCUGAACAAGCAAUUGCGAGAAGCUGGCUUCAGCGGGCUGGUGCUGGCGCAGGUUGACGCAGGGGCGACCAUGUCGAUGGACAGCCAAGCAGCGGGGUCAGCGGAGCUGUCGCCGGAGCCAGCUUCCCUGUACCGCUGCCUGAGCAGCGUACUAGAUCAGUACGUGCGGCGGAAUCGACUGGUCGCAGAGCUGCUGGCGGCUACUGAGGAGUCUGGGCGCGUCGCUGAGCAGCAGGAAGCAGCCGUUAGGGAGCUUAAGCGCGAGGCCAACGCUGCGCGCAUAGCAGCUGAGAAGUCACGGCGCGAGCUGGCGGAAAUGUCGUCACAGCAGAUCCCCAAGGUGGAGGCGCGCCACGCGGUUCAGCUGGGGCGUCUGCGCUCCGAAGCAGCCAAGCUAAAGGAAGCGCUGCGGGAAUCGGAGCUGGACGUAUCCGCCAAGGCGGAGGAGAUCCGGUCGCUGCGCGCCACCAUCGCGGGGCUGCAGUCCGCCACUAGCCAUAGCUCCGAUGUGGAAGGCGCGGUGCUGCGGCAGCGGGUGGCGCAGCUGGAGGGGCUGCUACGCAACCGCGACAAGGAGGUGGAGAAGCUCAAGUCAAUAAAGGAGGCAGAGGUGGGACAGGCGGCGGAUGGCCAGGCCAAUGCUCUGGACCGGGCAUACGAGGCAGAGGCGGCGGCCCGCCGUUUGGAGACGGAGCUCACUGCGGCUAAGACCCGUAUUGGGCAUCUGGAGCAGGGCCUGCGGCAGCGUGAGCGCGACGUGGCCAGUAUGCGCGAGGACCUGCAGCAGAUUAAGGCUUGCGAGGCGGCGGCGACGCUGGUGGCGCAGGAGCGCAGUACCGCAGCUGAGGAGACUUCGCGCCGUGCAGAGGCUGAGGCGGUGGCGCUGCGCAGCAAGCUUAAGGAGCUGGAGGGCUUCGUGCGGUAUGCUCGUCAGGAGCUGGAGAAGCAGCGCUCUGAGGCAGAGGCCCUCCGGUCCAGUGCGUACGAGGAGGUGUACCGGAUGGAGGACGAAUGCCGUACCCUGAGCGCGGAGUUGGCGGCCUCCCGCACUCGUGUCACCCAGCUAGAACACGUGGUCCGCGCGAAGGAGCGCGAUAUGGCCCGGGUCAAAGACGAGAAGGAGGCGGCCAAGGCGGCUGAGCGGGAGCGGGCACGGGUGGCGGAGGAGGUAGCCGUGAAGCUGGAGGCAGAGCUGACGGCUUCCAAAGUGCGGCUGACGCAGGCGGAGGGCGCAGUGCGUACCCGGGAACGUGAGCUGGCCCGGUUGGCGGACCUGCUGCGCCAGACGCAGGGCGCGGAGGUGGAGGCAUGGCUCAAGCAGUCCAAGCUGGAAGAAGGUUCCCGUAAGCUGGAGAACGAUUUCACGUCGCUGCGGCUGCGGGUGCUCCAGCUGGAGGCGACUCUGAAGGGCCGCGAUAAGGACUGCGACAAGCUGGGACGCACUGUUGAGGCACUGCGAGGGGAGGUGCACGAGCUGACGUCAAAGCUAGCGAAGUCCGAGGAGGUUACGCGCAAGGGGGAGGCAGACUUGGCGACCUGUCGUGGCAAGGUGCUCAACCUGGAGGGACAAGUCAGGGUCAAGGAGCGGGAACAGGAGCGGCUAGUUCGGGUGGUGGAAGGUCUCAAGGCGGGUGAUGCCGAGGUGGCCAGCCGCCAGGCCGCACUGGAGGAGGCCGCUCGGCGGCUGGACGGCCAGCUCACUGCGGCUCGGAGCCGGGUCGCGGCGUUGGAGGGCGUGGUGCGCGCCCGGGAUGCGGCGGUGGAGCGACUCAAUCGCCAGCUGGAGGCACUUAAGACCGCCGACUUUGAGAGGACCGCGCAGGUCCUUAAGUCCGAGGAAGCCGCCCGCCAGCAGGACACCGAAGCGGCCUCCCUACGCCAGCGCAUUCUGCACCUGGAAGGCCAGCUGCGGGCCAAGGAACGUGAUCUGGAGCGCAGCGCCAGACAGGUCGAUGCGGGUGAGGUGACAGCGGGGCGGCAGCGCACCGCGCAGCUGAGCGAGGCGCUGCGGGCUCGGGAGCGGGACGUGGCUGCGCUGACGCGAGCGCUGGAGGCGCACCGGGCAGCAGAGCACGAGGCUAACGCUGUGGCCGGGCGCACGGAGGAGGCAGCACGUAAGCUGGACGGCGAGGCUGUGGAGCUCAGGCAGAGGCUGGUCCAGGCGGAGGGGCAGCUACGCACCCGGGAGCGGGAGAUGGAGCGCCAGGCGCGGGCGCUGGAGGCGGCACUGACCGCGGCUGCGGAGUCUGCCACACGGCAGGGAGAGGCGGAGGCAACGGCAAGGCGGCUAGAGGCGGAUGCAGCGGGGCUGCGGCAGCGCUUGGCGCAGGCAGAGGGCGCGGUACGGGCGCGGGAGAAGGAGCUCGAGCGUGUGGAAAAACUUGCAGACCAGGCAAGUGGGGCCGAAGCAGCAGCGGAGGCCAAGCUCCGCACCGCCGAGGCGACGGUAACGCAACGAGACGGCGAGCUGUCCUCGCUUCGGCUGCGUAUCUCCCAGCUAGAGGCCGCUGCACGGGGCCACUCGAAGGAGAUGGACCGCCUCACACGGGUGAUGGACCAGAGCAAGGUGGCAGAGGUGGACGCAGCCAUGCGCGCGCAGCGCUCUGAUGAGUCCGCUCGCCAGGUGGCUGCGGAGCUGGCAUCCGCUCGCAGCCGCCUGGCCAAGGUGGAGGCCAGCCUGGCAGCACGGGAGCAGGAUGCGCAGCGCGUGCAGCGACUGCUAGCGGCAGCUGAGGCCCAGGCGGCGACGCAGGUGUCCCGUUCCGAUGACUUCAUUCGGAAGGUCACAUCGGACCUGGCGACUAUGCGGCAGCAGGCGGGACAGCUGGCACACAUCAUACGUGCCCGCGACCGCCAGCUGGCUACCCUCCGUGGGGCGCUGGAGGCAGCACAGGCCGCGGAGGCCAAGGCAGCCGAGCAGCGGCGCCAGAGUGAGGAGGCCCUCCGCAAGGUGGAGAGUGAGCUGGCUGCGGAGCGACAGCGUGCAGUGCAGCUCGAGGGUCAGGUCAAGUCACGCGACCGAGAGAUGGAGAAGCUGAACAGGCAGCUGGAUGCGGACCGGGACCAGAGCGGCAAUGCAGCAACGGCUGCAGGCCGCGAGACGUCCACGCUCAAGGAUGCCGCGGCGCGGUCUGAAGCAGCGCUGUGCACUGCCCGGGCCAGGGUAACCCAGCUUGAGAGUGAGCUGCUGGCCAAGGAGCGGCAGCUGGAGGGCCUGCAGCGGCUGGUAGGAAGCAGCCGCGCGGGUGAUGCCGAAGCAGCGGCGGCCGCCGAGGAGCGUGCAUGCAGGGCAGAGGAGGCCGCGCGGCGCCUUGACGUGGAGCUGGCUGCGGUGCGGCAGCGUUACGCGCAUUUGGAACACACCUAUCGUAGCCGGGAGACCACCCUGGAGAAGCUCCGGGCGGCCCUCGCAAAUAAGGUGACGCAGGAGGAGCGGCGAGUCGCCCGCGACAAGGCGGCAUACCAACGCAUACCUCAGCAACAGCAACAGAGGGCGGCCGGCGCAAUGGCGGCCGCGGCCCGGGAGCUGCGGCCGGUGGAGAUCGUUGGACUUUACGAGACACGUCGUGAGACUGCUGAACAGGAGCUGGCUGCGUAUUGCGCCGAGGUGCGGAGCCUGGCUGACCAGCUGCGGGAGGCACAAAACCACAUCGCGAUCAAGGACCGCACCGGCGCGUGGCGCACACCCACAGAGUUGGCGGAAAUGCAGGCUCGAAUUAUUCUCCUCGAACGCCGUAGCGCCGACCUGCAGCGUGAACUGGACAGAUCGCGGCUUGAAGCGGCUGAGGCGGCACGUGCAGCGGAGCGCCGGCUGGCAGAGGCGGAGCAUCGCGUCACGCAGCUCAAGGAGGACAAUGAGGCGCUGGUUCAUGAGCUCGACAGCCGACCCACAAUUCAGGACAACCGAGUCCUCAAGCGGGAGGUUGAGAUACUCGAGAAACGGGUUUUGCAACUCAAGGGGAGCACGGCCACAAGUGGCGCAGGAGCAGGUGCUGAAGGUGGCGAGACAGCUCUGAGCAUUGCUGCGGCUGCGAAGGGACGCAAAGCAGAUACGAUGCUGACAACCUCACAACGCAUCGCGCGGGACCGCAACCUGCAUCACCUGGGGCUCCGCACACUGGAGGACUGGCCCAAGGACGUCCUUGUUGACCUAGUGCAGGACGUAUGCAUCGAGCUGGACAUCAGGGACGCGACGACACUACCGGCGGCUGUUCGCAAAACCCUGCGCGUGGUUGGCGCAGUGCCAAGGAUGGAAGCCUUCAUAGGCGCCGUGUGUGAGCGUGUGUACAUCAAGGGUGCACCCUUUGUCCCACCUCACAUCGACGGUACCACGGACCCAAGUCGGGUCCUGGAGGUGCUUGAGCUCUGGCUGGGACUACUGCAGGAGGCCGCACAGCUACGUGGGGCCAUGCGCGCUAUUGUGGAAGCACUGGCUGCACGUGCGGAAGGCAUGGCCGCGCCCAUUCAUGGUCCAGCGGACGUCGUUGUUAGCGUACGACAGCUUAUUGAGGCGGAAGCCGCGGCUCUGACAGCACGCGAAUCGUUGGCUGCCGCGUCACAUCAUCUUAAGACCGAGCCUGAGCAGCUCUUAUCUCGUCUUGUGUCCCACUUCAUGCGCUUGUUCGACUGCCCGUCCCUGGAGGGGGUGGUUCCUGCCGUGAAUCGACUGUACGUCACACUAAAUGAGCAACGCAACUUCAUCCGAGCAUUGGCAACGGCGCUGGACCUACCUGCUGACGCAGGUGCUUCGGCGUGCAUGGCACGUGUAUGGGAGAUCGUGAAGGCGGAUGAUCGCAACGGCGGGCCCGCGGCACAGCCCAACACCGUAGGUCGUAGCGCACGCAUGGCUCAACCAGAUGCCGACGUCUCUAGCGAGCGCUGUGCUGUACCGAUUGGUGUCGAUGCGUCAGCGGCGCUGGAAAAUCUAAUGAUGGUAUUUGGCGUACGCAAUGCCACGGCAGCUGUCGACGCAGCAGAGAAGAUGGUGGCUCGACUGAAACGGCUGGACGAGGUCCUUCCGCGGUACCAGCGCUUGGCUUCGCAGCUUUUCGAAACGCUCCGCGUUACUGCGCUAGAGGAAAUAUUACCCGCCCUGCAAGUGGCCUUGCAUAGAUAA